GAUUCGUUCGCCGUCGCGUGUGUCUCGCGUUUACGCGCGCGCGCGCCCAUUCGUCCGUAAGUGAGUAAGAGUGUGCAUUCGCGUUGUGUACUCCGUUAUCUUCGCUACGUUCGCGGGACCACCCGCGCGCCGUCAAUUAAUUUCCUCGUGCGCAGCGUGUAUCUCUCUCUCUCUCUCUAACGACACCUUCGUACUCGUCAGUCUCGUCACGGUGCUCCGAUAUCAACAUCGUUACGUUCGGUCAACGAUUUAGCGUGUCGCCCUCGCGUGUCACCCUCGCGUGUCGCGGACGCGUGACGGGCGAGGGAGAAAAGGAGGCCGCGUGCCCGCGCGUGAAUCGCGGAAGAAUGUGUGCCGCGACGGUAUCGUUCGACGGUAUCGUUUCUCAGUGAUAACUCGGACGAGGGAGGAGAAGGAGAGGCGGAGGUUUGUGUGAUCAGUGCCUGAUCCCGCUGUGCCGAGGGAGGAGCGUCGACCGCGACCUGGAUUUCGCGCGAUCCACAUAACUGCAGGCGAAGAUGAAGCUGGAGUAUCCCUGCCGGGUCGAGGGCUGGCUCAACGUUUGCGAGGCCGAAUGCUGCGUCGGCGAGGCUGCCAGCGAGGCAUGCUGGGAACCUUGUUACUGCGUCCUCCUGCAGGACGAGCAGACCCUCACGGCUUACAGGAGCGAGGACAUGGCGCUAUUCGCCGGGACCGCCUGUAUGUUCAAGUCGCACAACAAGUUGGGCGACGCGAUGUUCGUCGAGCUGCCACGCGUUCGCCUGGACGGCGGUGCACGUGCUUUUCGGCAACAUUGGGGCUACGAGACACGACCGUUGGCACCACCACCGCCGCUAAUCGAAGAGGACGAGGCGGCCAUCGAGCCGGAAACUGUCAGCCUUCGGGAGGCCAACACCGCAUCUCCGAUAGACACAUCGUACGAGAAGGCUUGUCGUAGGGGUAGCGCGCCCGCCACCCCCGUGCUCGGUGCGCGGCCUCUGGAUGUCACCCCCAACAGGAUUGUUAACUUCUUCUCGAAGCGGUCGUUCCGGUCGAACCCUCUGAAGAGGACGAAGAGCGUAACGAAGCUCGAGCGGCAGAAGCAACGGGGCGCCGGCCUCCGGGGAUGCCGAUCGCACGAGUCUCUGCUGUGCGGUCAGGCGGUGACCUCGAUGGACCUGGCGGCGGUGACGCCGCUGCAUCCGAGCCUCCUCGGCAGGCCCCAUUGCUUCCAGGUCACACCGAGCACCGGCGGGCCCAAGUAUUUCAGCUGCAGAACCGCUCACGAACGGGACCAGUGGUUGCACAGCUUAAGGAAAUCCGUUCAGCCGGAUGCGGAACAGACUCGCCGAACGGACAAUUCCCUGCAGAUCUGGCUACUGGAGGCGAAGGGCGUGCCCGCGAAGAAGCGAUAUUUUUGUGAGGUCUGCCUCGACAGCACCUUGUACGCGCGUACGACUGCCAAGCUGAAGGCCGACUUGUGCUUCUGGGGCGAGCAUUUCGAUUUCCAUCAUUUGCCUUCUGUCAACACCAUCCAGGUGAACCUGUACAGGGAAGCGGACAGAAAAAAGAAGAGAGACAAAAAUGUAUUAAUCGGUUCUGUCAGUAUACCAGUGCACAAUGUGACGUCGCGCUACUUGACGGAGAAAUGGUACCCUGUAGUAGGUGACAAGGGACCACUCAAAGAGCCGCCUGCGCUAAGAGUAAAGUGCCGUUUCCAGUCAGUUGACAUAUUGCCGGUUCAGGUGUAUCAAGAGUUUCUGGAGUAUCUGAAAACCGAUUACGCGUCGCUAUGCGAAAAAUUGGAACCCGUCAUCGGCGUCAAGGCGAAGGAGGAUAUCGCGACUGCCUUGGUGGCGGUGAUGCAACGGGAGAAAAAAGCGCCGCAAUUCCUCGCUGAUCUCGUCAUGAUGGACAUUCAUCGAAUAGACGAUGAGAGACUCACUUUUCGAGGGAAUUCCUUAGCCACAAAGGCGAUGGAAGCUUACUUGAAAUUGACCGGGGACAGAUAUCUACAGGAGACCCUGGGAGCCGUUGUGAGAGGCGCAGUCGAAGGCGGCGACUGCGAAGUUGAUCCACUCAAGGUCGCCUCUGUCGCCGCGCUGCACAAACAACAGCAGAAUCUUCGCAACGCCGUAGAACUGGCCUGGAGCAGAAUAUUGUCGAGCCACGCUCAUUUUCCGCUAGAAUUACGCGAGUGCUUCCGCAUUUUCCGCGAGCGUCUGGCCGAUCUGGGCCGCGAGGACAUCGCCGACAAUCUCAUCUCCGCAUCGAUCUUUCUAAGAUUCCUCUGCCCCGCCAUUCUCAGUCCGUCUCUCUUCAACAUUACACACGAAUAUCCGAAUGAGAAAGCGGCAAGAAAUCUCACUCUGGUCGCGAAGACACUUCAAACACUGGCGAACUUUACGAGAUUCCAGGGCAAGGAAAACUUCAUGGAAUUUAUGAAUGAUGUACUCGAACGCGAGGCUCCGUCCAUGAAAAAUUUCUUGCAGCUAAUUAGCAGUCCACUGCCAAAGGAUGCACCAACUAAUAACUCGCUCGAGUUUGAUGGCUACAUAGAUCUGGGCAAGCAAUUGUCUCUGCUACACGCUCUCUUGCGAGAAAGUAUGGCAGCGAUAGCGCCAUCCUCGCCAUCGAUGCCACCGUCGCGAUUACCCGAGAUCCUCGAUAGGAUUUCUGUGGCUUUGGAUCAACCGGGUCCGAGCCCCGUACCCACCGCGCAUCGUUAUCCGAAUCUACAGAACAAUAUUUUCCGCUACAACGAUCCGACGAUCGCCAACAGCAACACGAAUCUCUCCAUCUCAGCCACGUCGACGCUGAGCAAUCAUAGCACGAUAAACGGCACGAUCAGAGACAGCAACGAGGUGCUGCAAACCAACACUCUAGGUCACAACAGUUCGCGCAGUCCGAACGUCGCCAGAGCGGCGACCUUACCGCGAAACGCUUACAUGCCAACGAACGGCAAGCUGCAGCUGCAAAUCAACUCCGACGAUUAUCCAUUGGAGCCGCCGGCGUUCGUGUCACGCUCGCCGACACCGAUCACGCGGCAACACAGGCCGCUCGGUCCCAAUCGAUCCGGACCGGGUUACAGACUGACAGCCAGCGCGAGCCUGGCGAACGUCAAUCACUGCCAGACUCAUCCGACAAGCCCCACGCGGUCCGAGAGUCACAACAAUCUGAAGGACUCCAAUUACAACAUCACCACGUCGCCUCAAAGCAUCCAGUCGAGUAACGGCAGUAUUAUUUCGCAGCAGCAACAGCAGCAGCAGCAGCAGCAGCAGCAUCGGCACAAUAUCGCGCGCAUGCAAAGUCUCGAUAUUCACGAUCGCGAGGAUAAUUUCAAUCACAACAAUUACAAUGUCUCGAGAUCGGCCAGUCGGAACCAUUGUCACAAGGAAGAGAACGCUAAUCAGACCCAACAGCGCAACUACAACAACGUCUCGAAGACCACAGUGAAUGCCAACGUGGUCGUCAAUCCGCCUACGAAUCUCACGCUGUCAAUCAAUCAUCAGCCCAACAAUAAUUACAACACCAAGGCAAACAACGCGUCCGCCAACGGCAAUCUUGAUGAGCUGUCCGACUUAUUGAGAUACGCGGACGACGAAGUGUCGGAAUCCAAGUCACAGAAGGGCUCGCAGAUCUCCAUAUCGCAACUGAGCAACGUGGCUUCCUCGGGCUAUCAGAGCUUCGCCGCUUACAGUCAGAGCUCCAGCCCGGUGGAUCUCAGCAGCAACAAUGCGAACGCGCACAUUCUCAGUACGGCGCCGCUGGCAUUCGCCAAUCCCGUUUAUCAUAUGGAGUCGAAUCACGCGAGGACAGGCAGACGAGGCAGCAGUAGUUCCGAGGAGAGAGACGGUAGCGGCGGCGGUGGCGUCGACAGUGUAAGAGGCGUCGAUCUGAGUCCCUCGCCACCGCCCAAGAACAACGUGCGAAAUCACCAGAGGAACGGCCAGAAUCAAUGGCGACAGGGCAAUCAGACUCACAGAAACAACUCGGAGCUCACGCAGGACGUUUGCUGCACGAAGCUCCGAAGGAGACUCUCCCUCGAUUCUACAAGGGAUCUGUCGGACACCAGUGAGGAAGAGAACUGCACCACCAGGAGAAGCAAGUCUCGCAGUCAUCGAAAUAUCGAUCAGUACGAAGUGGAUCUAUAUGAGGUGGAGAGGCUACAGAAUAGCGUAGAUCGGCUGCGAUUGCGCGCGCGAUUAGGCGCCACCGAGGAUGCCGAUUUAGAUCUCGCGUCCGACACCAAUAUGAAGAGCAUCAUUUCCAGGUUAAUCUCUGUGGAGGAGGAGCUACGUCGUGAACAGCAGAAGAUGUCGGCGGCGUUGUCGUACAAGCAGCGCGUGAUCGACGCGCAGGAACAGCAAAUAGCUGCCCUGGGUGCCGCGAAUUCGCGUCUCAUGUCGACAAACGCGAGCCUGCUUUCGGCGCUGAGCAAGCAACGCUACAACGCCAAAUCCCAGGUCAACAGUGAAGCCGCGCCCCUGCUGCAGAACAUCGCCGAUAUCGGCGAGCUUAAAAGCUCGUCGUGUUAAGCGCGUGUCGAGAGAAUCGAGAAAACGAGAUCUUCGACCGGAGAAAAUGUUUUUUUAAUUUUUUUUUUUAAAGAAGCCUCGUGCUGCAAUACGCAUCGUAAACGGUGUUAUCAAUGACGACGUUCAUCUUCUCUGAAUAAUGACCUUGUAGCAACUUUACGAGGUAGUCGAUUUAUUGCAGGAGAGAUAAUAAUUCCGAAAGGGAUUAAUCACAUUUGGUCAAUCCAAUUCCUGUAUGAAUUAACGUCGUUAUUCGAGAGAAGAGAAAGCUUAUUCGGAGAAGCGCGAGGAGCGCAUGGGUCUUCCUUGGUUGCGAUUCGUUGCAUGAACUCCACGAGUCGUUCGAUCGACGCUCGUUACCUCCCGAUCCCGAGAUCACGCUCGAAGGAAAAAAAAAUUUUUUUAACGUGCACAACGCGAGUAGAUGGACCCGGUGUCGACCUGGACUCGCGAAACUCGAGGAUGCGGAGCAUCGUGCUGGAAAACAAUAGAUUGCGAGACACAAGAGAGAACGGCGUGCGAGAAAUAGAGGCUAUUUAGUGAAUAGGCAGACCGAGAUAAGUAGACAACUUUCGUCGAGUUUAUAUAAUGUGACAUAGCGUUAGGCUAGGUUUAUUUGUACGCGAGUAAGAAAGAAAAUCCGCGACUCGUUCAAGAUCCGAUCACGGAAAUUGUCCUGAUUGCUUGAACGACGAUCGACUCGCGAUACCGUUGACCAGUGAAAUAAAUAUUCGCGACCGCCAGUCUCUCCCGACGGCGACUUUGCUUCGUUCGGCACGAACGAAACGAAAGUGGCAACGAGACUAAAUUUUGAUUUUAUACAAAUUGAGGAUCCUCGAUCAGCAGCUCGAAAAGCGAAUCGGUUGCGUUUUUAUUGAUCCAGUACGAAUUAUUUCGAACGUGUCUACUUAAUUAGCGAGCGCAUAAAUAGAAAUUAAACUUUAUUGAAUCGAAUAUUUGGUACGAAUGUAAAGUAUGAGCCGAAAAUCGUUAAAAAGCGUAGCUUUACUUCAUUUGUAUUUAUAUGAAUCAUCUUGAAACAUUCAGAAUGAUCCCGAGUUUUAUCUGACUUUGAUUUACUGUGCGACUGAAGAUUGGAUGGCAUCGAGUAGUUUGCAUUGCUUGCGCGACGAAAGAUACGAUUCCAAAUUGGAUCAUCCAAUUAAGGAUCGCUUCGUGCGGCAGCGGACGGUACACGAAGAAGCCCCGAUCGACGAAUAUCGCGCGUAUAUAUUUCCCUUGUUUCUACUAUCGUAUUUAUGCACAGCCGCACGCACCGCAACAGUUUAAAAAUAGUAUAUCUGCCGGGAGUAUGAUAUUCCGCGCCACACCACGACAUAGGAGCAUCCUCGAGCACCGGAUCGUACUGCAGGACCUCGUAUUACAUAUACACACAUUUAUAUAUAUAUAGGCGCGUCUAUUUUUCUAGUUUGUUCCCACGAGUGCACGGUCACUCACUCUCUCCGGCCGUAAAAACGCCGACUUUCAUUUUUGCGUGCGAAUUUUUCGAUCGCGAAGCCUGCGUUACGUUUCCUUUUACAAAACGAAUGAAUUUGGCCGAACAGCUCGCGCAAUUUUUUUGUGACCAUCGAGUAUCGAGUGAGAAACGGAACAAGCUUCCACGACCAAAAAAGGACAAGGGAGUCCGUCGAGCGUAGAAGCGCGAGCGGACUCCCAAAGCGACGUUUCGCGCCCGUCUUCGAACUUUUGUUCUUCUUUUUUUUUUAUCUCGACGAACCGCGAGCAAAAUCGCGACUACCUUUGGUUUCAGCACGAUCCUUUAUUCUAAGCGACGAUAUUUAUUUAGUAGUGUCUACCAAAGAUGAAGAAUUUCGCAUUGUAAAGAGAGUAUUGAGAUUUAUGUAAGAUAUUUGGUUCUCUUCUUUUUUUUUGUACUUUCGCCGUUCCCGACGAAGGCGAUAAUAGUUAUCGUCAUGCCCACGGUAAGCGACGCAAUCGGGAACGGUACUCUCGAGCUCGAGAAAAGAAAAACGGUAUGCACGGCACGUGACGAAAUUCGGAAACUAUUUUCUCUGCUCGAUAUUUGCCCGAAGCAAAUUUUUUUUUGCACACCGAGCCGUGCACGGAUUAUCCGUAACUUUACACGCGCGUAAAAGUAGCGCACCUAACGCAUGACAAUUAAUUAUUAAUUAAUUAGAUUUCUCGAAGGUCUCGCUCGUUCGCAAAGCGUUAAUGUGUUACGUUUUACAUCACAAUAACAAUUAUUACUGCAGCCAUUGUCGUAUAAACGCGUGUGAAAGACUGAGUGAGAGAAGGCGAGCGAGAGAACGGGAGUGUACGGGGGAGAGAAAGAAAGCGAGUGAAUGGGAGAAUGAAAGAGUGUGAGUCCGCGCGUGGGAGGGAGCGUGUGAGAAAAGAUUAUAACCAGUCUAAUCUCGCUAAGGAAAAAAAAAGUAUUAUCUCGUCAACUUUGUACCAUAGUGUUAUUCACGCCUGUCCGAGCGUUUUUGAGGCCUCUUGCCUCUGACGCCAAUUACUUUUGUAUAGAAAUUACCCUCAUCCUCCUUUCUUUCUCUCGUCCCCUGUCAUUUCUUUUUAUACUUUCCCCUCUUCCGUAUACCCCACGGAAAAACCACAGCCUUUGCGUUCGCGGGAAACCGCCCCCUUAGAAAACCACUCUUUCUUCGACUUGUCGAAUAUUUACAUCUGAUAAAAUUAAUAUAUUAACGCUAUCCCCCCUUUCUUCUUGGACGAUGUAAUCAAUUAAAUAUCUAUUUAAAGAAUCACUUAAAUAGCGUGUACAUUAUUAAGUUUUUGGUAUAUUUGUUUCUGCAAUAGACCACCUGUAUUUAAGCAUAUAGACUAUUACACUACAUGAACAAAUAAAUACGAUUAGACAUAUUAUAAA